GACGGCGUGAUAAGCAAAAACCAACUUGACAUAAACAGUUUGUACGCGGACACUGUACUUAAAACAAAAUUCAUCUCCACAGUAAAACGCCCAUCAACUCUAAAAACAAAUAUUUUUAGAUACCACUAUUAUUUGUUAAACCACAAGUAUUGAGGCAUUAUGGACAAACUCCCGGUAAUUGCUUUCGAAAUAGUUUUAUCCUACCUAGACACACUGGACAGACACAAUGCGAUAGUCGCAUUCAGUUAUGAUGUUUCCGCACUUGCCACUCACCUGAACAGCAAUAUUUGUUUAGCCUUGGAAUAUCGAUUUCGCCAACACAUGAUAAAACCGCUUGUAAACUGUCGGAGAACGUUAAUCAAAGAGUUGGAUUUAACUGGGAUUUUUUGGAUUCCAAAACAUAUGAUACUCAAUGCCUGCUCAUUGCUUGUUAAUUUAGAGUAUUUAUACUUAUUGGGUACAACGGUUGUUUGCAAGACAAAUUUUAAAGAGUUUCAACAGUUAAAACAAAUUAAAACAAUUGCAACAGCAGUAGAUGUGAACGGCCGAGGAAGAAAAGAAUAUUGGUUGAUAAAUCGCCGAAUUGAUGCUGAUUCAAAUAAGAUUACCUUCGAUCCGCAAUUGUGCUUUGAUUUAAGUUCCAAGUGUAACAAGUCACAUGAAAUUUUAAGUGAAGAUUGGUUAUCUGAGUUUAAAGAUGGAACGAGCAGUGGUCAAUUUAUAUCAGAUCUACAAUCGACUUAUACCAAACGAAAUUAUAGAGAAUUUACGUUGCCAACAGAUGAAGACGCGCGAAUUAAACUGACAACAAAAUAUGGCGCUGUGAAAACUUUAUAUAUUGAUGAACAUUAUGGACCAAGUAUAACUUCAAAUGUGAACUUAGAACCGAUAAAAUACCUCGUAAAUUUAACGACGUUCAUCGUUGAUGUGCACGAUGUCGUGACAAAAGGCUUUCUUAAACCUAUACUUCAAUCAUGUGAUAAUCUAAAAACACUAAAUAUUCGAAAUUACAACGCGGACUUUUCCCUCUGUGACUUGCAAUAUGCCCGUGAGAACCUAAAAGAUUUAAGUGUGGAUAUGUGCAGCUCCGCACGUUUCAACUUACAAGAGUUCCUGACGUUACAAAUUCCACCAUUGUUGCGCUUGCGUCGUUUAUACGUGCGUUUCAAUCAAAUGUCCGAUGACGAUUGGACCCAUAGCGACGCAGCAUUAGAAAAUUUCAUCCGGAAGAAUCCACAACUAAUUUUUCUUUGGAUUGUCUGCAUGGAUCACCUAGAAAAAAUCGAGAACAGUGCACAUUUGCUUAAAAAAUACCAAACACAACCGCAUCAAUCGUACGAAUUCAAAUAUGGCGACGAUGACGAUGCAGAUGUACCACUUCAACACUGGGACAUGAUGAAUCUAUUGAUAGGUUUUGUUUAAUAAAUUGUGAGUUGUUAAACACACAAAUUUAUUAAUAGUUUGUACACGUUUGCGUGCUGUAACUCGUUAUAUAAAUAUAGGCGCAUCCUUCAAAAGUACAAAA